UCUCUCUCUCUCUCUCUCUCUCUCUGUUGACGAUGGCGUCUCUGGAUACGGAUAUCAACAUGAUCCCAGCAGGGGAGGGUUCGAGCGGUGCGGGCCCUUCGUCCUCCUCUUCUUCUGCGAAGAAACCGAAGCGAUUCGAGAUCAAGAAGUGGAACGCCGUUGCUCUUUGGGCCUGGGAUAUCGUCGUUGACAACUGCGCCAUCUGCAGGAACCAUAUCAUGGAUCUCUGUAUCGAGUGCCAAGCGAAUCAAGCGAGUGCAACAAGUGAGGAGUGCACAGUAGCAUGGGGUGUAUGCAAUCAUGCAUUCCACUUCCACUGUAUCAGCCGAUGGCUCAAAACUCGCCAAGUGUGUCCGCUGGAUAACAGCGAGUGGGAAUUUCAGAAGUACGGUCACUAGAGCUGGCCCGGCAAAUGCAUUAUCCAGGGUAGCCUCUCUUUCUGCUGCUCCCAAAGGUCGACAAGGAAAUGGAAUCAGGGAUAUUAUUUACUUGACAUCUAUAUAUAUACUGUUUGUUCUUGUUUCUCCCAAUCCCUGAAUUUAGUGGCUGUUUGGUGCUGGGUUUCCAGAGGGCUGCGCUUGUGUGACUGUUUAUACUUUGUUUUUGAGGAACUGAAGAUAUUAGUUCUCUCUCCACAAUUUCUAUUUUCUCAAGAUUAUGUAGAAAUGCUGUUUGCU